AGCCAGACAGCCUGCACGCUGAUCGGGUCUGGCUGGCAUACUUCCCACUCCUGCCUACUGACGUAGGGUCCCCACAGAGAUAGCCACCCCAACCCCCAGGAUGCCCAGCAGAGCUACCCGCUAUGCCCGGUACAGUCCCAGACAGCGGCGAAGGCGGCUGCUGGCCGAUCGCAGCGUGCGUUUCCCUAAUGAUGUUCUCUUCUUGGACCACAUCCGCCAAGGCGACCUGGAACAGGUGGGGCGCUUCAUUCGAGCUCGCAAAGUCUCCCUGGACACGAUCCACCCCUCAGGCCUGGCUGCUCUGCAUGAAGCUGUCCUUUCUGGAAACCUGGAGUGUGUGAAGCUGCUGGUCAAAUAUGGCGCUGACAUUCACCAACGGGACGAGACUGGCUGGACGCCUCUGCAUAUCGCUUGCAGUGAUGGGUACCCUGACAUAGCCAGGUACCUCAUCUCUUUGGGAGCAGACAGAGACGCAGCCAAUGACGACGGAGACCUGCCCUCUGACCUUAUUGACCCAGACUUCAAGGACUUGGUAGAACUCUUCAAAGGAACCAGCAUGGACUAAGGCAGCGCCGCCCUUC